AGACCUACCAAGCUAUCUGAAGCAAUGUUUUAUAUACUGCUCAUUAAUUCCCGAAGACCAUCUAAUCCCCAUGUGUAUUAUUACUGCACUUUGGAUCGCUGAGGGAUUUGUAAAGGCUGAGGGGAAUUUGACGAUGGAAGAGACAGCAGAAGAGUACUACAGAGAGCUAAUUAUGCGAAAUCUUCUGCAGUCAUAUUAUGAAGAGUACUACAAGAUGCACGACCUUCUGCAUUGUCUUGCUCGGUAUCUGGCACGAGAUGAGAGCUCGGUUGUCAGGAAGGUGCACGAAGUACGCAGCAGUAACGGGCCGAUGAAGCUGCGCCGUCUAUAUGUGAUGGACUAUGAAAUGACCGACAUCACUUAUGUCUUGGCAAAACAGAACUCGCGGAGGACUUUAAUGUGGAAACGUAGCCCCAUGUCUGAGACUCAGAUGGAUGUUCUUUUUAAUAAACUUUCUCAUUUAAGAGUAUUGGAUAUCUCUCGCUCGGAAAUUCAGAGAGUACCAGAUUCCUUGUGUAUCCUCGUACAUUUGAGGUACCUCAAUAUCUCAGGAACCAAGAUAAGCGUGUUACCAGAAACCAUAGGGAAUCUCAGAAACCUACAAUUCUUGAUUAUCAUGGGAUGUUGGUUCCUUUCUCGCCUUCCCAACAGUAUCGUGAAUCUACACAUCCUGAGGAGUCUCGAUCUUGAAGGCACGGGGGUGGUUGGGAUGCCGGAAGGUCUAGGAAGGCUUCAAAAUCUUCAUCUACUGCAUGGUUUUAAGCUGCAGAGGAACAGGUCAGAGGGAUGGUGCAUGAUGGAAGAACUACGAUCCCUCUCGCGUCUCACGGAUCUCUCAAUCGAUAGAUUGGAGCGUACAUCCAGCAUCUCCGAGGCAAGAGCAGCCGAACUUGGAAGCAAGCCCAAGCUUAGGAUACUCCGGCUAAGUUGCACGCUAGACCCUCAACCCAGCGAGAAGGAGAAGAGGAGAAUCGAGGAGGUGUUUGAAGAGCUCCACCCUCCACCUUGCUUGGAAGAACUGCAGAUCACGCGUUACUUCGGUCGUGAGUUCCCAAAAUGGAUGGCAGAGACAUCUUCAUCAACAUCGGUUCUCUUAUCAAACUUGAGGCGGUUGUGUCUGUCUGGUUGCAAUUAUUGUGAGAGACUUCCACCUUUUGGGCUGCUCCCCAAUCUGGAAGGUCUUUGCAUUUGGGAUGCUGCGGCAGUCAUAGACGUUGGACCUGAAUUUUUGGUUGGUACCUGUAGAGCAGGAGUAGAUUCUUCCAUGCACGCAUUCCCCACGCUGGAGGCACUAGAGUUCCAUUAUAUGCCUAAUUGGCAGAAAUGGCGCUGGGAUAAAGGAACGCAAGCAAUGCCACGUCUGAAGUACCUGAAACUUUGGGAGUGCCCCAAGUUGAUGUCUCUUCCUGAGGGACUCCUGUUCCAUGCAACCUCUCUAACAACAUUGGUUAUCUCUUGGGCCAAAAGCCUAACAACAAUUGGGAACCUCCUUUCGCUCCAAGAAUUGUAUAUAAUAAACAAUCCCAACCUGGAGAAGGUUUCAGACCUCACCGCACUCACAACCCUCGAGGUUGCCUAUUGCCCGGCAUUGCAGGUGGUGGACAAUCUUCAAUCCUUGAAAAGAAUGAAAGUGCUCCAUUACGAAAUGAAAUCGCUCCCGUUGUACUUGCUGAAAAGGAUACAUAGAUCUACCACAAAAAGAAAAAGGAAAGGAGUACUCACAGCUCAUCUGGAGAAGCUGGAGAUCCGGUGCAGCAUGGAACUGAUAAGAAAUAUUUGCCAACGCAACAGCCGGGAGUGGCAAAUAAUCCAAGGCAUCCAGCAGGUGCAUGUAUACUCAGAGGAUGAAUCGGUGCAUGCCUUCUAUAACAAGUCCCCCUUCAGAUUCACUACAAAUUUCAACAACAUCACCACCAGCAGCAGUUGCGAGAUGCCCUCAAGUAGCGGUGGCGUUGCUCUCUGAUCCAUGCCUCCAUACUCCAUUUCAACCAUGGUUUCGGUUCUUUCCAGAAACUGGAAAUUACAGAUUAUUAUCGACACCGGAGAAAUUAUAAUCAGUUAAAGAAGAAUUCCGUGUGGCAUACGCAUUAGAAAUCUCAAAAACUUGGCAGCAGUUUUGUAGCUUUGAUUUUUCUCCGUCGACCCUCUGAUCCACCAUCUUCUUUGGCCUUCACCGGUUCCCUAACCUCCGAUCGGCGUCGGACCAUCGUCUUUCUCCUCGCCGGAUCUCGGAGACUGAGCAAAGUUUUCUGCAUCCUCUGUUCCUUGUCCGAAGCCAUCCUCCACUCUUUUGAGGUAAC